CGGCCGGAAGACUUAACAGAAAAAUAUGUUGAAUUUGCAGGCGUCGCGGGAUUGUAAAUAGCCCUGUAAAGUAUUGUUAAAGCUUAUCCCUUUGACUUUGAAAGGUUUUUGUGUGUGUACAUAGCCUGCGGACUUUCAGAAAGCCUUUCAGUUUGGCACAAAGACUUCAAUGACGCACCUGGAGCUGCGCUUUGACUUUUCACUAAAGGGAGACAGACAAAAAACUUUUCUUUUUUUGAGCAUCUGGGUCUGCUGUUCCAUUUUAGACGUGCUUUUUUUGUAAUUGUAGAGCCUAUUACGAGCUCGGACAUUUAUUUGAUGUUAUUUAUAUCCGCACAUGAGCAACUACGCCAGCGUUAUGGCACAUGGACUCUUCCACCGAGGAGUUUGAAAAAGAAAGAAAGAAAAAAAAGAGCUUGUCAUUUAAAGCAUCAUCAACUUUUUUAAGGGUUGUUUUUCUUGCUGGAGAAGUCUAUUUUAUGUCGUUUGAAGGCGACCACUAAAGUUUGUAGUGGAGAGGGUUUUGAAACGCGGUGUGCGCUCACUCGAGUCCCAUUUUCCAUUGGCAGGCGCGCUGAGGUUCAGCGAGCAGCGGCGCACGCUCCUGAGUUUCUCCCUGUGUGAGAGAGAGAAAGAAAGAGAGCAGCCGGAGAGCCUUUGGUGCCUUUUCUGAUAAUCCACGCUGUUGUGAUGCGAAUUCCCGUAGAUCCCAGCGCCAGUCGGAGGUUCAGUCCGCCGUCCAGUAGCCUCCAGCCGGUCCCAGGAAAGAUGAACGAUGUGAGCUCUCCAGCCGGGCAGCCGGACGCAGCGGCGGCGGUGCCAAGACUGCGCCCCCACGAAAACCGCAGUAUGGCCGAGAUCAUCGCGGACCACCCGGCCGAGCUAGUGAGGACCGACAGCCCCAACUUUCUCUGUUCGGUCCUGCCCUCCCACUGGCGGUGCAACAAGACUCUACCCGUCGCUUUUAAGGUGGUAGCCCUGGGAGAUAUACCUGAUGGGACCGUUGUCACCGUAAUGGCGGGCAACGAUGAGAACUACUCUGCUGAGCUGCGGAACGCCUCAGGCGUGAUGAAGAACCAAGUAGCACGUUUCAAUGACCUCCGUUUUGUGGGCCGCAGUGGCAGAGGCAAGAGCUUCACUCUGACAAUCACAGUAUUCACCAACCCGCCACAAGUGGCCACUUACCACCGAGCCAUAAAGGUCACCGUGGACGGACCUCGUGAGCCCAGGAGGCAUCGUCAGAAGCUCGAGGAUCCUCCCAAAACUGGUCUGUUCUCCGACCGCCUCAGCGAGCUAGAGAGGAUGAGGGUGAGGGUUGCCGUUCCGACACAAGCUCCCCGGCCAGCUCUCAACACAGCGGCCAACUCCUUCAACCCACAGGGACAGACGCAGAUAACAGGUUCCUCUGACCUGAGCCCAUUCCCCGGUCAGUUCGAGCGCCAGUUCCCGAGCCUCUCCUCCCUCACAGAGAGCCGUUUCUCCAGCCCUCGGAUGCACUACCCGGCAACCUUCACCUACACCCCGCCCGUCACCUCGGCCAUGUCACUGGGCAGCGCCCACUACCACACCUACCUUCCCCCUCCGUACCCGGGCUCCACCCAGAGUCAGAGCGGACCCUUCCAGACCAGCAGCACGCCCUAUCUCUACUACGGGACGUCCUCCAACACGUACCAGUUCUCCAUGGUUCCCGGCGGGGACCGCUCGCCGUCCCGGAUGAUCCCGCCUUGCACUAGCGCCUCCACGGGCACAUCCCUGGUGAACCCUAACCUGCCCAGCCAGACAGAGGGAGGGGUGGACGGCGACGGAAGCCACAGUAACUCCCCGACUGUUCUCAACCCCGGAGGCCGCAUGGAUGAAGCAGUUUGGAGGCCAUAUUGAAGAAGGCAGAGAGAUAAGAAGUCAACUGAUGUCAUGGUUUGAAAGCACAAAACCUUUUUUUCUUUUCUUUUUUUUAAAUAAAAAGGGGAUUUUUGAGCUUACAUCAGCUGUCUCUACCUUUGGAAAUUAAGGUUGAGAUUAAAAAAAAAAGAUGGAGAGAGCAAGAGAGACCAAACGUGUGUGGACUUGUCCUCCUGGAAUGUGUUUAGACCGUGGCGCUACAAAGGGAGUCGGUUUCAAAGCAAUAAUGAAAAAGACAGUUUUGGUUUACUAGGCCCAAGUGGAUGAGACAUUAUUUCAGUUUUAUUCUAGUCCACAAAGCUAAAGGGAUGCUUCAACGAUAUUUGUUAAAGACUGCCUCUUUUGUACAGUGUUUGUAUUUCUUCAAGGCUUUUUUUGCAGAGCAUGUUUUUUGUGGUUUUUUUGUACUACGACAAUAUCAAGAUGCAAGUUAAGCACUGAGUAGCAAGUAAUAAGAGUAACGCAUAUGUUACUUUAAGUGGUGUGGACAGUAAAUUUUGCUUUAAACCGAUUAAUUUAACUUGUAUAUUGUGGGUGAAACGAUGUAGAUUGAGGCGUUUUCUUCGUUUUAACUUAUAAAGCCAUAAAUUAUGUAUUGUAUUUGAAACUUGAGUCAAAGAAAGGUAAUCUGAAUAUUUUUGAUGCAUCUAUAUGACUAAGUUAAAAUGAUUUUUUUUUUUUUUUGAUAGGUAAUUUAAGAAAGUAAGUUUUGUUUUUUGUUUUUCUGGUAGCACCCAAAGAUUUAAAAUCGUGUUGAAUAUGAAAUGUAAUUUCCAAAGAGUAUUGCAACAUUUUUUUUUUUCUGGUGUAACUUUUCAGUUUAACUGCUCUACACAUCCAGAGCCCAACAUCCUCGCGAGGCGUUGACACACAUUUGGCUUGGAAUUAAACCUUUGGUAUUUAUUGAGCAAUAACUCGUAUUGUGCCUCUUGGCAACAUACCAUUAAAGAGAGUUUCAAUGGGGGAAAAUAAUUAUCCGUUUGGGGAAAUUCUGCUUGAUUUCUUUGCUCUGUCUAGUCUGACAUGCACACAGAUACUUAUGUAUUUUCUCUUCCAAAUAAGAAAUGGUGCAUUUAGACACGAAUUGACGUCCAGCCCAAAGAUGAUUGCAGUGGGUACCGCGCCUAAUGGCCCACUUUAAAAGAGGCAGGUCAGACUUUAAGGAUCACUUAUUUUGUGAUACAUGAACUCCUCAGGACUGGAAGAAUCCUUGGUUGAUCCCACAGAUUUGCUAUAUCUGCGUUUCUUUUUUUUCAUACCCAGCCUGGCUGAAAGCACGGUCAAGAUUAUAGCUCUGACAUGCCAAGUCUAUUAUAGCUUUCAUAUCAUAUGUAAAAGAUAGCUUUGAAAAAGUCUGUCUUAGUGCGCGACACACACACAGGUUUGUAUUUUUUUUCUUGCUUUCUGUCUUUUGGGUUAAAAAGGAAAUCGCAGAGAAACAAAAGAGACUCUGAUGUUCCUUUCGGCUUUUAUUUAUUUUCCAAUUUUUACUCGGGGUUUACCGAAUUGAUUUUACCCUCUUUACUGGCUAAUGUCAACAAUAAGGGUCUAAAUCUAAAAUCUCUCUGUGGGUUUGAUAUGAGGGGAGGUCUGAGUUUUAAAAUUACCGUGCGAGAUUCUAAAAUGUGUUGAAGUUGAAGGGGAAAAAGUGCAAAAACAACAACCAAAAAACACACAAAAAAACAGAGUGGUGAUUGGAUUCAGCUGCUGGCAGCAAACUGGUAACCAAAAAAUAUGGGAGACUUGUGUAUGUUUGUUUCAUAAAGCACUUAUUUCUUGUUUUAUUUCUAGCAGCACUUGCGGCAGGCUGCCAGCAGGGCUCGUGGUUUUGGUCCUCAGUGGAGAUGUAACGCCACUGGAGUCACACACACACACACACACACACACACAGAAUGGAUAACACUUGGCCAAACAAGCCAUUUAUAUUGGAGUUUAAUCUGAUCUCACAAGGCAGUUGGCAUUUGUUAAAAAAAAAAAAAAGCAUUUCUUUUCUUGCUUUCAUACAGUAUGAUACUGAGUGCAUGAAGGUAAUAUAAUAACCCAAUUUUAAAAAGCUGAGAAAAACAUGGCCCUGUCCAAGGAUCAGACUUCAAGCUUUUCAUUUAAGAUUUGCACGCACACUCUGCAGAGGAUCUUCUCAACUCACACACACACACAUUUCUCCAGCAGCUUCAGCCCAGCACGAAAAGUACUUUUGCUGUUAGAGCGUAACAUAAAUAAACAAAUUCAAAAACCUUUUAGAUUGCUGUGAUUUUAUAGCAUUUUCCCAAAUACUAUGCACAUCUGUUGGAAUUUAAUUAAUCUGCUUCACAAAUCUUUUAAAAACUGUUUACACCUAAGCGCAGCACUGACACCCUAACCUGUCCUCAUCUGCUUCUGUUUGGGGUUUUUGUUGUUCCUCAAAAUACAAAGGUUCAUUUUUUGAUUUUUUUUUUAAAUUUUAAUGUUGCGUACAAACUGUCAUUAAAAAAACUUGUAUUAUUCAUUGAUCAACAUGUAUGAUAUCCAGGAAUUGUACCUGCUCUUAUGUAAAGUUUACUCGUUAUUUCUAUUGUUAUGCUCCUUCUCAUGAACACUUGUCAGGAAACUCAAUCUAAUGGAGACUCUGUUAGACUUUGCUGGUACGUUUCAUAAAGAUCAUAAUUUGUUUUUCGAUUGUUUUGUUUGUUUUUUUAAGGGAAACACAGACCUGACAACAGUGAGUGAAAUUGGCAUUGUGAUUGUACAUUUUUGUUUAUUUUAAGAAUAAAAUAGGAAUUUUGUAACUUACUUUUCCCCCCA